CCGAUCAGCAUCAGGAAGUCUCGAUGCUACUGAAAAGCUAACAAAAUCUACAGAAAUAACAAUAGAGUGGCAGUCAAAUUCCUCUUAGCCAAUCAACGCCUCGCUACUAUGAAAGCCAUUUUAGUGCAUUGAAAUUGGCCAAACUGAACUACUUGUCACAAAGAUGUCGACACAACUCCGUGAAACCACCGCGAAAAUAGUCACUUCUAAACAUUUUCCGAGCUGAGAAAAUUUUGCCUGCGUACCAGCUAAGCUGAAUCAAGUCGAAUUCUUCAACUGACAAUGAAACUUGGUCCAUAUCAGUUUCUCUUUAACCCUAUUUUUGUCACUCUUCUGCUCUUCCAGUUUUCACUCAAAUUUGGCCAUUCGUGUCCCUCAAGAGGCGGGCUGUAUAGGCGAAAUUCGAGGAAACCUUUAUAUUUGAAGCAACGUGUACCAGACGUUGAAGAGUUUUCAAUUAAAGCUAGUGGAAAGUCUCAAGGGAAAAUCACACGAAAUUCUUCCAAGUUCAAUACUUUGGUAUCCUGCUAUAGCACCGAUAUCGURUUCAAAGAUGAAGAAGGCACCGGAGCAGACCGUAUCAUGUCGAAGAGACUUCGAGAAAAGCUGAGAAUCUUAGCUAAGAAGGUGAAGGAAAAAUGGCGAGGAUCAACAAGACUGAGAGUGAUUGAAGCWUGGGACGAAGAUGGAACUCAUUCUGCCCAUUCACUACACUACGAAGGAAGAGCAGUGGACAUUACAACAUCGGAUUUGGACAAACAAAAAUACCCCGAGCUUGGAAGGUUGGCUGUAGAAGCAGGGUUUGACUGGGUUUUCUACGAAUCGCAAGAACAUAUUCACGCUUCUGUAUAUGAUUACAAAGGUCAAAAAGAACCGUGGAAGGGCUGUUUCACGGCAAACGCGAAGGUAGUUCUAGAAGGCGGGAAAAGGAUCCCAAUCAAGAAUGUAAAACCUGGACARAAGGUGCAAUCAUUGGACGACCAGGGAAAAAUUGCCUUCAGCGAAGUAUUGUUAUUUCUUGAUUUCGAUCCAUGGGCUCAGAACAAAUCGUUUGUUAUCAUAGAGACGGAGAAACCAUUCAAAAGACUAGCGCUGACAAAAAACCAUUUGAUAUUUUAUAAGACCACUAAUUCUUCCGAAAGCCUGGCAAAAGUAAAGCUUGCUGGACUGGUGAAAAUUGGGGAAUAUUUAAUGGUUGAUCACGAGGGGAUCUUAAUGGCUUCACGAGUCAGUACUGUUGAUACUGGAAUAAGAAAUGGUAUGAUUGCACCUUUAACGACACACGGCAACUUGUUUGUAGAUGGUGUCCUCGCUUCCUGCUACUCGGAGGUAACCAACCAUCACCUCGCACACAUGGCAUUUUCCCCAGUGCGAUUUGUCAAGAAAUUCGCACCCGGACUUUUAAAGAAAAUGGACAUUUCAGUGGAGCAAAGAGGGUUGCAUUGGUUCGCGAGAUUUCUCAUUUGGCUGAAUAAGCUAUUUGGAAUAGCGGACUUUGCGUCCAAUUUCUAAACUCGCGGACCGAGAGGGCUAGUGUAUUACGUGGCCGAUAAUCCAGCAUUGUUGUUCAAGCUCAAAGACAAAGUGCUUUGAACAAAUCCUUUCAAUGAGCCAGCAUCCAUCUCUAAUCCAAGUAAACAAACAAAGAAAAUAGACUUCUUUAUUAUGCGAAGAUUUUUCAUCAUUGACCAACAUCAAUGCGGCAUUUUCAUUAAUCAUAACUUAUAUUAAAUUAGUUUAACAAAAGGAAAGACCUAAACGGACUAAAGAAGUGCAUGSAAAUUGUACAAAAAAAMCCACACAUCUGUAGGAUAUUGUUGGAGUUAGUGUUUGUACUAAUUGUGUACUCAUUGACGUUAAAGGGUGUCUUGGUGGCCCUUAAAGCCAGUUUUGCGUGGGAACACUCCUCCUUCUUUAAGGUUUAGGCUCUUCUUUAAAGCCGAUCUAGAUACGGUAUUAUUUAAGUGUGUAAUAUCAAUGUAGAGUAUAAAUAACUAUGUAUUUGUAUAUAAAAAAGACUAAUUAACUUAUACAAUUUAGCACAAAGUCGACUUUCUGUCGACCUUGUGGACGAGUCAUUUGAAAGAAAAGACGGAAAAUUUCCAAAGAGAUUUGACAAGGGUUUAAGCAAUGAAAGCAUUUAAGGUGAUGCUACCAACUCGCAGAGCUAACCUAUUAUAACGAGUAAAACCUUAACAAUUUCACAUUAGUUUUCUUUGAUUUGAAAACCUAUUUUGCAUAAUUUUGAAUCUAGUAGCUCAUUAAUUGUUAAAUUCGCAUGGCUUAAUUUAUCCUACCAGCGCCAUGUUCUCUGCUCGAACAAUGCACAGGAAAUGGCUUUAUUUACUAAGUUUCGGGCUGUCAGUCUUAGGGUAGACGAUUGACUUAGGUGUUGUAAACUAGCGUGGCAAGACCAAAAAUUGAACAUGAAUCAUAUCUUAACCAAAUAUCAAAAAUCUUUUUUAUUUUUACAACUUAGGAGUUUAAAAACCUAUACACAUUGUUUAAGCCGAGGGGUGGGUCAUUCCUACUUCCAUCGGAUAUAUUGAUAUAGUCCUAAUAUAUUCGGACGUCAUUUGUGUAGAUUUGGAUAGCAGUCCUCUAGUCUAGUCGGGCUGUCUUUGAAAAUAAACCCAUGUUUACAGCCUUAAAAUUAAUUUGGACAACUUACAGAAACGAUUUCUUCUUCGGGGAUUCUUUUUAGGAUGAGAAUCGAAGUUUGCAUAAUGUAUUUGAGUGCUGGCACCACAAAUUUGUAAAGAAAAUAUUAUUAAAAAUUGUAAAAGCUC